UCUAAUGCAAACAAAAUUAGGAUUCAACUGUUCGAACAAUGCAUUUUACCAUUAUUUGUGACUUCAACCAUAGUUAUCUCUUCUGUCCUAUCUGAUUUUCGACUAUCAUAAAUACAAGUAUAACUCGAGUGAACAAGUCAAUGUAUUGACAUAUUGUACACAAAUUGUUCAUAUUAUAUUAAAUUUACAUCGUCAAGUUCUAUUGUUUAUUACCAGUUUUUUUAUGGAAAUUUCAUGCAAAUGAAGAGGAAUUCAAGUAUGAAAAGAUAGUUUGUAGACGGAGAAUGAGGUUACCUCUCACAAUGUACCUCAUAAUAUUUGUAAGUGCAUCAGUAGUUUUUUACCAAUAUCAUCUUUCAAAAGCAUGGGUGAUCUCGCAUAAUAAUUCACAGCAGUUCAGGGAUCUAAGUGCUAAUCCCACAGAAAAAGGGAAUAACUAUACAUAUUACGCUUCCAAAAAUGUAGGACAAGCUAUUUCGUGCAACGAUUUUCAAAUAAGCAAUCAUCAGAUACCUCCUUUAUAUAUAAUCACUCCAACGUAUAGGAGACCAGAACAACUUGCAGAAUUGACACGAUUAGCUCAUACUCUAAUGCUCACACCAAACGUACACUGGUUAGUAAUAGAAGACGCAGAACAAAAAACAGACUUAGUUACAGACCUCCUUGAGAGAACUGGCCUUAGCUAUAACCAUCUACUUGCACCAAUGCCAGAAAUAUACAAAAAGAAGAAGAGAGGUCCAAAGCCCAGAGGUGUUUCUAACAGAAACAGGGGAUUGGCUUGGAUUCGAGAAAAUGCUAAAGAUGGUGUUUUUUACUUUGCAGACGAUGACAAUACAUAUGACCUCCAAUUAUUCAAAGAGAUUAGAUAUACGAAACAAGUUUCUAUGUUUCCAGUGGGUCUAAUUACAAAAUUGGGAGUUAGUUCGCCAAUUGUAAGAAACGGCAAAUUUACGGGUUUUUAUGAUGGUUGGAUGGCAGGAAGAAAGUUCCCUGUAGAUAUGGCAGGAUUUGCCGUUUCUGUGCAGUUUUUAUUAGAACGUCCCAAAGCCGAAAUGCCUUUCAAACCUGGUUAUGAAGAAGAUGGUUUCUUGAAAAGUUUAAACCCGUUUGAACCUUAUGAAAUAGAACUAAUGGCAGACAAUUGUACGAAGGUGUGGGUAUGGCACACGCAAGCUAAGAGAAAUGAACCAUCACAGCCAUUAGAUUUUGCCAAAUACAACAACACAAACCUAGUUUUGCUCAAACAUAUCCUUGUAUAGCAUAUCUUGAUCACUCGUAAUGGACAUUGAAAGGUGAAGCAAAUCUACAUGUGGAAGAACUUCUGUUUAUUUUGCAACAUGAAAUUCUUCAGUGAACAAAACAAAGAACAAGAUCGACCUACAACAAAAAGGCUUCACCUAGUCGCAUUUUUUCGAGAAUGUUUAAUUCCUAAUUUCCAUCUAUUGACUUCUCUAGUGAUAAGAGAAUAAGAGAUUAGUAUUGUAGUAACAUUCGGCGUUGAUCGCCAACUCGAUUAAUAAAAAUAACCCUAUUGUACAAAAAAUAUUUUGGGAUAUUGUAGCUUCUCAAUUUCUGUUUGAAUUUAAAAGUAAAUAGCUUUUAACUUGAUAAUUGUGAUACUUUUUUAUACAAAAAAAUUGUUUUCGCUUGAAAGUUUGUUUUAUGACAAACCUUUGGAGGACAGGGGCUGUGGAAGAUUUUUUUACAUUACACCUUAGAAUAAAGUAACGAAACACAAUCAUAAAGUAGGGUCUUUACGAAAAUUAAAAAACAAUAGUAAAA